AUGAGGCCAUUUCUCCCCUUGCUCUCGCUGAGCGCAGUUGCACAGGCGCUGUACUUCUACAUUGACGGCACGUCGCCCAAAUGCUUCUUCGAGGAGCUCCCCAAGGACACGCUCGUUGUUGGUCACUAUACUGCCGAGGAGUGGGAUGACCGGAUCAACCAGUGGGCCAAGCACGAUGGCCUCAGCAUCUACAUUUCCGUUGACGAAACCUUCGACAACGACCACCGUGUAGUUUCCCAGCGCGGCCAGGCAUCAGGCCGUUUCACCUUCACGGCUGCCGACGCCGGCGACCACAUGCUCUGCUUCACCCCGUCUUCCACCUCUGGCCGCGCCGGCUGGCUCUCGCUCCACUCCCACAACGGUGGCAUUCGUCUGACACUUGACCUCGCUAUUGGUGAGAGCACCGAGAUCGAGAGCUCCGACAAGAGCAAGCUCGAGGAUAUCGCGACCCGCGUCAAGGACCUCAACGCUCGUCUGCAGGAUAUUCGCAGGGAGCAAGUCUUCCAGCGUGAACGCGAAGCCGAGUUCAGAGACCAGUCCGAAUCCACCAACGCCCGUGUCAUCAGAUGGAUGCUUAUCCAGCUUACCGUCCUCGCUGUUACCUGCACCUGGCAAUUGUCUCACUUGCGGUCAUUCUUUAUCAAGCAGAAGCUCACAUAA